AUGGUGGCUGGAUCAGUUGCAACGGAGCUGCAGAUCAAGGUCCCCCUAGAGAGAGUCUGGAAAGCAAUCAAGGACAGUAACAACAUGUUUCCAAAGGCCUUACCCGACGCGUUCACGAGCGUGCAAACCGUCGAAGGGGAUGCCAUACCUCACGAGUACGCCAAAGAGAAGCUCGAGUCGCUGGACGAGAGCAAUCACUCGGUAGUUCUGUCUACGAUCGAGGGCGGUCCAAUCGGUAGCCUGUUCAGCAGCCAGACAGCCACCAUCAGCUUGAAGCCCGUGGAGGACUCCGGAACCAAAGUCACCUGGAGCAUCGCGUAUGACAGCCUCGUGGAGGAUCCUCCCCUGGACAGGAUGAAAGGGAACGCCGAGAAAAUCAUGCGAGGCGUCGAGGCCUACCUGCUGUCUAACAAGGAUUACACCGAGUAA